GUAGGAAUGGGCCUGCAGAAGGUGGUUGAAGAAGAGAAAACACCUGACGAGAGUUGGGUAUUCUUAUCUUCAAAGGAUGCAAACCUGUUUUUGAAAAUGCUAAGCCUGGACACAACUGAACUUUGAUACAAGAAGUUAAGAAAAAGAACCAGAAAUAAAAACCAAACUUUAGACAGGGAGGAAACUCGUGCCAUUUUUGCUAAACAUAAACCAACUCAUGUGAUUCAUCUUGCGGCCAUGGUUGGAGGAUUAUUUCGCAACCUGAGAUACAACUUGGAUUUUUUGAGAAAUAACAUUCUGAUGAAUGAUAAUGUUCUACAUACAAGUUAUGAAAGUGGAGUAAAGAAAGUUGUGUCUUGUCUCUCAACUUGCAUCUUUCCAGACAAAACAUCUUACCCAAUUGAUGAGACAAUGAUCCAUAAUGGGCCACCUCAUUCAUCAAACUUUGGUUAUUCAUAUGCUAAACGGCUCAUUGAUGUGCAGAAUCAUGCCUACAAUAGUCAACAUGGUUGCAAGUUCACGUGUGUCAUUCCAACAAAUGUUUUUGGCCCACAUGACAACUUCAACUUGGAAGAUGGUCAUGUUUUGCCCGGGCUUAUCCACAAGACUUACGUUGCUAAAAAAAAUGGAACUCCUCUAGAAAUCUGGGGUUCGGGAAAGCCUCUUCGACAGUUUAUCUACUCGUUAGAUCUUGCUAGGUUGAUGCUGUGGGUGUUAAGAGAAUACGAUGAAAUUGAACCAAUUAUUCUGUCUGUGGAUGAAAAAGAUGAAGUUUCGAUUAAAGAAGCAGCUGAAAUGGUGACAGAGGCUUUUGAGUUUAAAGGAGAAGUGAUUUUUGAUACCAGUAGGUCAGAUGGACAGAUGAAAAAAACUGCUAGUAACUCUAAACUGAGAAAAUACCUUCCUAACUUCAAAUUCACCAAUAUGAAACAAGCUGUCAAAGAAACAGUAGAUUGGUUUCAAGCCAACUAUGACACUUCACGGAAAUGAGGUUGCCAAGCUGUUGCAGAAGGCAAACAUAAUACCAGUUUCAAGGGUUUUAAAAGUGUCCUUAUCUAUCUAUAUAUAUAUAUAUAUAUAUAUAUAUCUCUUCUGGAUCUCUCACCUUUGUUAGCACUGUUCAUAGUAAGCAUACUAGAAAUAGAUCAUCUGUAGUCUUGUAUACAAUAUAUUAUGAAUCUAUAUAUCAACAUUAUUUGGUAGGUGAAUUACUUUCUUUGAAUAAAAAAUUAUGGAAUGUAACAUGGGUAAGGAAUAAGUGUACAUAACAGUGAUAACUUUGAUUCAGGUAUUUUUACAUUAACAAAUAUGUUUUUUCAGUACAAGUUUUCAUAUUAUAUAUUCUGCAAGUAUUUUAUUUGCCUUUUACACAGCUAUCAGUAUAAUAGAAAGUAAUAUUUUAAGAGUAAUUUUUUGACUUAAGUUUCCUUUAGAUUAAGAUUCACACAUGCAUCAAGUUACUCCAAGUAUUUGAAGUGAUUAUCGACUUAUUAAUGUAGUUGAUAAUGUUAUUAGUAGGAGAGUACUUAUUUUUAAAGUGUUUUUUCAGGAGUAAUUGUAUUCUUCACCAGCAAAUAUAAUGGAUUUUUUUUUCCCAUUGCGGAACACAUUUAUUUAUAAGCUGUAUCUUGCUGCACGUAAUGAAGGCUUGCAUUUGAAUAUGUUGUUGUAUGAGAUGUAAAGGGACUUUCAUGUAUUAUUUAUUAAAACGUAGACUUUAUAAAUUAUAACAGAUGUGUAAUUAAGACCAUCGCUGUAAAACACCAAGUAACUAUGAAAAUAAUUCAGGCAUUUAGCUCUAUACUAAACUAAAUACAUUUUACUACUGACUAAAGAUCGUGGAGAAAUAUGAUUAAGGUCUAAUGUACUUGUGCUUUCUGAUAUCUUUCUAAAUAAAUCAUUAA